AUGUUCUUGGAGCAGGCAGAUUUCCGGGCAAUCCAGAUGAAGCGCGACGGGACCGCGUUCUUCUCCUGGACGGGGAUCUGGUUCGUCAUUGACCAGUCUGCCCUGGACACCGGUCGGAUCUCAGUAGUUGACUUCAAUUCUAAUGGUUCCUCCAGGCGUAUAACCAGCCAUAUGCCUCUGCUGGACCUCCUGGAGGAGACAAAGAAACAACCGGAAUUCGACUGGGCAGACUGGGGGAGCCGGGAACUCUGGACACGCGAGGUUGACCGGAAUGCCCCUGAAUAUCUCUCACUGGAAGCCCAGGGGCGCGAGUGCGAAUUCAAUCUAGAGAGUCUCCGGUCGGCCUGCGAUGAUUAA